ACGCCGCCCGAAGUCCUCGCCUGCUCUCAGGUGUGGAGAAGCGAGCCAGUUUCCUGCCCGCGGAGCCAGGGGACCAUGGAGAGGUGGUGCGGGAUGGCGGUGGUGGUGCUGCUGGCGCUCAGCGUGCGCUGGGCCGUGUCCCUUCACCCUUACUCAGGUGCUGGGAAGCCGCCGCUCUUCGGGGAUUACGAGGCUCAGCGGCACUGGCAGGAAGUCACCUUGAAUUUACCGAUCAGACAGUGGUAUUUUAACAGCAGUGACAACGACUUACAGUACUGGGGGCUGGACUACCCACCUCUCACAGCUUACCACAGCCUCCUGUGUGCCUACGUGGCAGAGCGCAUCAACCCAGCCUGGGUCGCGCUGCACACGUCGCGGGGGCACGAGAGUCCGGCACACAAGCUCUUCAUGCGUGCGACAGUGUUCCUUGCUGACUUGGUGAUUUACAUACCUGCAGUCGUUUUGUACUGUUGUUGUUUAAAAGAAACCUCCACUAAGAAAAAGUGUGUUUCUUCACAGGCUGCCAGCGCCCUCUGCAUCCUGCUGUACCCAGGCCUCAUUCUCAUCGACCAUGGACACUUUCAAUACAACGCCGUGAGCCUUGGCUUCGCACUGUGGGGUGUCCUGGGGGUAUCUUCUGACCGGGACCUGCUAGGCUCCCUGGCCUUUUGUUUAGCUCUAAAUUACAAACAGAUGGAACUCUACCAUUCCUUGCCAUUCUUUUGCUUUUUACUUGGCAAGUGCUUUCAGAAAGGCCUCAAAGGAAAGGGGCUCGGCUUGCUGGUGAAGCUCGCGUGCACCGUGGCGGCAUCCUUCACUGUCUGCUGGCUGCCGUUCUCCACCGAGAGGGAGCAGGCCCUGCAGGUCCUGAGACGCCUCUUCCCCGUGGACCGAGGGUUAUUCGAGGAUAAAGUAGCCAACGUCUGGUGCAGCCUCAGUGUUUUUGUGAAGAUGAAGGACCUGCUGCCGCGUGACACCCAGAUACUGGUCAGCUUUUGCGUUACCUUCUUGAGCUUGCUUCCUGUGUGCACGAAGUUAACGCUCCACCCCUCUCCCCAAGGAUUCAGAUUCGCCUUGGUCGCCUGUGCACUGUCCUUCUUCUUGUUUUCUUUCCAAGUACAUGAAAAGUCCAUUCUCUUGGUAGCCCUGCCUGUCUGCCUCGUCCUACAUGAAAUUCCUUUCAUGGCCACGUGGUUCCUCCUUGUGUCGACUUUCAGCCUGCUGCCACUGCUGCUCCGGGACGGACUCCUGAUGCCCUGGGCUGCCACAGCCGUGGCCUUCUGCACUGCGAGUACCACCUGCUUCCCACUGUGGGCUGAGGCAUCGGAGGAAGAGGCGCUGCGGCUGGGGCCCUUUUGCAAGGCAGCCAGGAGGUGUGUGCCCCAGCGGAGACUGGUGCUACUUCCCUGCAUGCUCAGGGGAUUGUUUCUUGCUUCGGUGACCGUUAUGGUCCUCCUGACCCUCAUGACGGUCACCUUGGACCCUCCGAGGAAACUACCGGACUUAUUUUCUGUGUUGGUGUGUUUUGUGUCCUGCUUGAACUUCCUGUUCUUCUUGGUGUAUUUUAACAUUAUAAUCAUAUGGGACUCCAAAAAUGGGAGAACUCAGAAGAAAGUCAACUAGCUCUGUUUCAAAACAGAUGGGAACCUGUACUGCAUAUGAAUGAAACUGCCAUUUUGAGAAUCGUGGAGUUGCAGGAAAGAAUGACGAAAUGGUGUUACCGCCUGCACAAAAUAAAUGUAUAUGGAGACCUAACGAAGCUUUGCUUUUCUAUGUUUUGCUGGGCCAGGGCAGAUUUGUAGUUUUAUUAACAGCUAUUUGAGUGGUACCAUAAAAGGGAAAAAUGCCAUUAAUCCCAGUCUUUACUUAGGAAAAAUGUCUUAAAAAUGCAAAUAUUGCAAACUUAAAGUAUUAAGCCCUUUGUAAACGAAAUCACUAAUUUUGGUGUUAGGUUGGGUUUUCUUUGCGGUCCAGUGUGAACCUGGUGGGUUUGUUUAGAAGUCGAAUCUCAGGGAAGCGCAUUUGUGUUCGUCAUUCCAAGCUGCCUGGACGCGAGUACACCUUACUGCACACGCAGACCCAGUUUCUGUCGCACGGCACGCGGGUAAACAGCGCUCUUUCCUUUCAGGGGUGCAUACUUGUUUGAAUCCAUCUAACAGCUGAGGUCUCCUGAAUUUCACGGUCUAAAUCUAGGUGAAAUCUUUGGUCAUGCCUGGUGACCUGCCCGCGCUUGGGGCGUCCUGGGUCGGCCCUCCCGGCCCGCCGCGGCCAGGCCCCUCCACAGCUACCUGCGGUCUGCGCUGAGGGUGUUUUGUGCCCUCCCGGGCGGGCCAGUGCCCGGCACUCUGCUGCUCUGGGCGUGGGCAUGGAGGCGAGGAGCGGCGACUUGGGGUAAGUGCGCGCCGCGCCCACACCGGCACUGG